AUGAGCCCCAAUAAUCAAAGUGAGCAGCACCCACCUGAAAGUGUUGUCUAUCGGUUCAAAGUGAAUGAACAACUUCCAAAUUAUUCCCAACCACAAGGUGCUGCUUCAACAGAUUCACCAUCCCCAGUUCUUUAUGCGACUCCAGAAGCCUCUUCAAACCAUGCACAAGCAAAUGGAACUCCAACUUUGGAUGGUCCGCAAGCUUCUGUGACGCCUUUUGAAGCACAUUCAGCUGCCAGAGAUCCUUCAGCUUCUUCAGGGUCCAAUCAAGGUGCAACAUUCAAAUACAUUUCAUCAAAUGAGCUGAGCGAAAGAUCAUCAACUUCAUCAGCUCACAAACCCAAGUCUAGGAUAGCGGCUGACUCAAGUAAACCAUCUCAUUCACUUUCAUUAGAAGAAGCUAAGGCAAUGUUUGAAACUGCAGAUAAAACAACAAGAUUCCAGCAUCCUACUGACCCAAAGGAGAAAAAAAGGGAGGAUAUACUUCUUAUGAAAUCAAUUCUCAAUUAUAAACCUUUUAGUGAUGGUGUUAAUAAAUAUGAGACUUUGAGAGAUGUUACAAUAGAUUUGAUAAGAUCGUAUCAUAGGAGACUAUCAAUGAAAAAAGUCAGGUCAUAUACUCGGAAACUGAUGGACGAAUUGACAAUUAGACAGGAAAAUAGCAAGAAUAUUCCUGAUGGUAUUGAUGUCCUUUCAGAUCUUGAACGUGAAUUCUUUGACUAUCUGAAAGAAAGAAACUACCACCAAAAAUCGAUAGACAGUACAAGUGGUACCAAUCAACUAAAAGAAAAAACCACUAAUCAUAAGAACACAACGUUUCAAGAUCCACAUAUGCAAGAACACUUACAAUUAAUGGCACGUCAGGCUGUUCACAAAAGAGCAGCUGAAGAUUUUAUAGAACAUGAAAGACAUUUCAAUGGGCCGCCAAUACCACCACCACCUCCUCCUCCAGGGAUUCCCCAAAUAAUCCCUAGCGAUAUGGCUCCAAAGAGAAUAAGAAUGGUGGAGCCUACUUCUGAUGAUGUUUUAAGAGGUAUUGCGGAAAGUCUGAGGGCGUUGAAUGAAACAAUAAUUAUGAAUUCAAAUACAAAUACCAACUUAAUACAAAAGGUCACUGAAGCUCUUCUGACAAGGGACGGCUCUAGAAGAGAUGAAAACACAAGAACAGAGUCUGUUAAUGAAUCAGAAAGUAUCAACAAAAGGUUGGAGAAACUUGAAGAUAAUAUUGACAAUAUUCGUAAUGAUUUGAGCGGUAUUAGCAGUUCGUUAUCAAUGAUGAAUGAUUUCAUCAAGAGCAAACUGGAUUUAUGA